AUGGCACAUCGAACAGCUUUACCAGAGACCAAUCAUGACGAUGACUAAGAUCAAAAUAAAUCUUCGGAAGUGGACUCAACACAACAGCUAAAUGAAAAUCAUUCAAAAUCUGUAGCUAUUUUUUCACUUUCAUCAUCAUCAUCGUCAUCAUCUUCAUUACACGAAUCAAUAGGAAUAUCAUCAUCAGUAAUGUCAACACGUGUACUACCAGUUGGUUGUUAUCAUGAACAAGAUCAAACAACAACACAUGAUAAAAAUUCAACAUCAUCAUCAAUGAUAAAAUAUUUUAAUACAUAUCGUGAACAAAUUCCAUUUACAUCAAGUUGUUCAUCAUCAUCAUCAUCAACAUCAUCAUCAUCAUCAACACAACCAUCAACUAAACGAGAUUUAAUAUCAUCAAAAAAACCAAUUGAACAUUUCCUUCCAACUGUUGAUACAUUAACUAUUGAACAAAAUUUAUUUAAUAUGGUUCGUUUUGAUAUAAUUAAAUCAAAUUUUUGUGAUUAUUAUCAAUUGGGAGAUUUUGUACGAAGUGGUGGAUUUUCUGAUAUACAUGAAGGAAUUCGUAUGAGUGAUAAUAAAAAAGUUGUUGUUAAAUUUAUUCCAAAAGAAAAAACAAAAAAUUGGUUAAUGAUUAAUCAAAAAAAAUAUCCGGCUGAAGUUUUAUUACAUAAAGCUGUACAUGAAAUUCAAGGUAUUAUUCAUGUUUAUGAUUAUUUUGAGAAUGCUGACCAUUGGAUAUUAGUUAUGGAACGUUUACGUAAUUGUCAAGAUUUAUUUGAUUAUUUGGAAUCUAGAGAUCGUGGACGUCUUAACGAAGUUGGAGCAAAGAAAUUUUUUCAACAGUUAGUUCAAAUUAAUCUAGCUAUGUUACGAAAAGGCGUUGUUCAUCGUGAUAUUAAAAGUGAAAAUAUCUUAGUUGAUCUUGAUACUGAAUCACUUGUAUUAAUUGAUUUUGGUGCUAGUGCUAUAUAUAAAUCACCAGUGUCAUAUUAUUCAGAUUUUCAUGGAACUAAACAAUAUAAAUCACCUGAAUAUAUAUUAAAAAGACGUUAUACAGGCAUACCAUCAACUGUAUGGACACUCGGUGUAUUACUCUAUGAUAUGGUAUGCGGUAAUUUACCUUUUGAAAGUGAAGAAGAUAUAACUGGACAUAAAUUAGUAUUAAAAUCAUAUUUAUCAAGUGAACUAAAAAAUUUAAUUCAACGAUGUCUUGCGCAAAAUCCUGAAAGGCGACCAUCACUUGAGGCAAUACUUGAACAUCCUUGGCUUAAAAAUUAA